AUGCCGUCAGCUCAGAAGCGUUUGAAGAAGGCCACAGGCACCCAAACAAGACCUCGGCGAUCUCGUCGUCAGCGUCGCGACCAGGAAUCUCCAGACCAUAGCACCGAUAGAGAAGAUGAAGAUACUUCUGAAGACAGCAAUGAAGGGGAUGAUACCGAUGAAGACGACCAGCAAGACAAAGAAGACCUCACUGUCGCCAACGUCGUACUUCCCACUUUAGCAAACUAUGCAACUUUAGGUGUCGAUUGUACUGAUGCUUAUUUAGAAAAAGUACUUGCCAGCCGCAAGAUUGGCUCAAACAACCGGCCUUCAGCCGAGAUCCUCCUGGAAGCUCAAGCUCUACAGGACAACUUCCAACGUUCACUCAAGAUGCUGAGUCUGGCUGGACAGAUCAGCUAUCCCACCUUGAAGGCAGCUCUGUUCCUUGGACCUAGCCAACGCGCUACCACAUCGUAUGAUACCUACCGAGCAUACAGUAAGAAGAACACACAAGAAACAGCUAUGCCAGCUCGCAACACCCGUCCCGGCUUCGCACCACGAAACAAAGUCAUUGGGAAUACAUGGACCAAUCUCAAUAUUCGACAAAAAGCAAUAUUCAAUCCGCCGUUUUUCAAACGAUUGGCCGAGGCCGUAUUAGAGCCGGAUAGUGUUCCUCGUUCAACAGAAGAGAAGCUAGUCAAUAUGAAUAAGGUAAAACGCCACUUUGAACGUCAAUCUCUUGGCAUGCCACAGAGUGCACAGAGUGAAAAAAAAGGUCGUCUUGAGGUUAGCGGUGUGGUCAAACAACUCUCUGGAUGGACGAAUACACGUCAUGUGAUCGAUGGGCACAGAGGCCACUCAAUGCCCACGGGAUGUUUUCACAAAAAAAAAGAGACAAAAAUCAGACCUCCUGCUGCCAAGGAGCAAACCCGAUUGCGCACUGAGCUAACCUCGCGUCUCAACCAGUUGGUUGAAACCCAACUUCCUUACCCACCCCGACCAGGAGUUGAUAUUCACCCUAAAGGGCCAAGAUGCGACUUGUUAUUAGCAGCAAAGAAAUUUCUUCAAGGAGUACGGCUCCAGGUUCAUUGCACUCAAGACUGCCAAAUCACCGAUGCAAUGCUCGAGAAAGGCGCUGCACCAGGGAACAUGAGUGUUCAACAGGUUCGACUAUGGCUGAAAGAGAUUGCCGAUUUACGCUAUACAGUCAUCCUGGCAAGUCCACCCCAAGCCUCUGCCUCUGUGUGA